GUACACAGUCCGACGCCCGCCGCAAAACCAAAUAAAAUCGGACCAAGUGCUUCUCUCCGUCAUACUGGGGGAUUUAAACCCUCCUUUCCACGGCUAGUUGCCAUGGCAUCAUCCUUACCCGACUCUGCUGUUCUCGGAGCUACCACCUCUCCCGUUUCCUCUGAACUACCUCGGGCCGGCCCCAGCAUGUCUUCGCAGGAUACCCGGUCAAUAUUUUGGCUGUUGGCCUCUUUUGUUUACUCUGUUAUUUGCCUUCUCCAGCGGAUAUUCCUCUGGGUGAUACCCUUUUCGACUUAUACCCUGCCCACAUGGCUAUUUACUUUGUUCAGCACUAGUUUGACAUUUACCAUGAAUUUCACUACUUUGUUUGUUCUCCCGGUUCCAGACUCCCCCCCCGGGGAUGUUCGCUAAUACGUGAGAUGUGGUGAAGGCUCAUUAUAUUUUUGAUAUUUGGGUCAGCGGUAUCGUGGGCUGUCAGGUAUAGGAUACUCUAUAAUUAUAACCGGCUGCCUCAUGAGCCCCAGCGAAAGGAACCCCAGCUUGACCUAUUUCCUGAUUCGCAAGAAGGGGACUCCAAACCAGGGUUCUCGAGCUACUUGGAUGAAUUCCUUAGCGCUAUCAAGGUGUUUGGGUAUUUGGAGCGACCGGUAUUCCACGAGCUCACCCGGAGUAUGCAGACGAGAAAGCUGAUUGCCGGUAUUUUCCCCCACCCGCCGACACUUUAUCAUUCAUGCCGGACUAACAGCGCGAUUUAGGGGAAACACUGCUGCUCGAGGAAGAAAAAGGGUUCUGUAUCGUGGUUGAUGGUUUGGUCCAGGUCUUUGUUAAAGCCAAUCGCGAUGUCGGAAACAUGGCUGCAGCGGCUUCAGGGCCCGGCUACGGUGGUGCGUUUCAUGAUGAAGAGGAGGAGAAAAUCGAAGAUGGGCAAGGAUAUCAGUUACUCACUGAAGUGAAGAACGGUGCCCCAAUGAGUAGUCUGUUUACUAUUCUCAGUCUCUUUACCGAAGAUGUUAAACUACGGCACGAGGACGAAGACGAGAGUGGCCCUGCGAGCACCAGCAGUAGUAUGGUAAAUCUCCACGCGGCGGGGGACAUGGCCCACUUUGAGGCCGAAAGGAACUCCACAGGAUUACCGCCCGGAAGGGGUGCCGAUAGUGGACGAUUUCCUUUGCCCCCCGUGCCACCACUAUCAUUGAGUGGCGACGCUGCCCGAAGUAGUUCGCGGCCAGUAACGCCGCAUGAUCAGCAUCCCGCGCGCCCUCAGAGACCUCGAAUAAAAAGAUCUAAGUCUGUACACCCGGAUAUUGUCGCGAGAGCGACCGUUGACACCACUAUUGCUGUUAUCCCCGCUAGCGCUUUUCGAAGGUUGACAAGGAUUUAUCCUAAAGCGACGGCACACAUCGUUCAGGUUAUUCUUACGAGGUUUCAAAGGGUCACAUUUUUGACCGGUUACCGGUAUCUCGGCCUUACAGCUGAGGUUCUGAGGACCGAGAAGUUCAUGAACAGAUACACUAUGUAUGAAUUACCGAACCAUCUCCGCGGAGAGCCUCUGGAAAGGUUGAAGGAGAAGUUUCAGAGGGAACAAGAGAGGGCGGAGCCUGAGGAUUUCAUGAAGGGGAUAGUCCUGCAUAACCCUGGUGCAAAUUCGGGGAAGCGGAGGAGGUCUAGUAGUUCUCUUCGCAAGGAAGCGGUCAUUCAUGCUCGACUUACUGCUACUAGAGGUCAGCCGUCUCCUGCAUUGGAUACAGCUCCCUCACCGUUCAGAGACAAUAAAGGAAAGUUUAAGGGCGAAUUUCAACAACAUCACCCAACUGGCCAGCUCGCGCCGUUCUCUCAGGGAUUGACCAUGUCGGCCUCGGGUAUGGGGUUAGACGCACCCACGCCCAUGACCGAGAGUGUGUUUAAUCCAUUUGCUCAACGGGCAGCUCAAAAGUUCAAGGCCGAUGGGCCCUCGGAAAAUGAAGACUCCGCGUUUAGAGAAGCUGUAUUAGAGUGCAUGUUCAAGGCUAUUGGUUUAACUGGACCACCGGUGAACGUACGUUCUGGCACUGAGAGCGGGGAGCAGAGCCCUCGACUUGUUAGCUAUGAUGCCAAGAGGCAGAAAGCCGUUUUUUCCAAUGCAUUUGGAUAUAUUGACCCUAUUGAAGGCGAUGGGGAGGCUGAAUCUGCCGCUAGCACAAGUGGGUCAGGUGCAAGCACCGGCGGAUUCGUGAAUGUCGGUAUCAGCGGUGUUUAUACUGAAUUGAAGGGCGAAGUUGAGAUUGUAUUUUUCCCUGAAGGAUCUGUAUUGGUUGAGCAAGGAGAAAGGAACCCUGGGCUCUAUUACGUUAUUGACGGGUUCUUGGAUGCUAGUAUCCCGGUUGACGAAAAGACUGAGAAUAGUAAUGUCCUGGGCGGAAACUCAAUAAACCUUGGGUCACUCAACGCUGACCAUACUGAACACCUACCACCGAUGAAGGGGGGGAGGAACUCGUUCGCUUCUGGGUCGGGAAGUCCAAAGGGAAAGAUAGGUAGAAAGAGCCUUUUUAUGGUCAAGCCUGGAGGCAUCGCUGGAUACAUCGGAAGUGUUAGCAGCUAUAGAAGUUUUAUUGACGUCACUGCCAAAACCGAUGUAUACGUUGGGUUUUUGCCCAGGGCUGCGUUAGAGAGGAUCGUGGAGAGGCACCCCGUCGUGCUUUUGACUAUGGCUAAACGCUUGACGAGUCUACUGCCGAGAUUGAUUCUGCAUAUUGAUUUUGCGCUUGAGUGGUUGCAGGUUAAUGCUGGGCAAGUCAUAUAUCAUCAGGAAGACGAGAGGCAUGUUUCGAUCCUACCUUCUCUUCGGACUAUUGUUAAUUGCGUUUUAGUGACGCCAUAUACAUCGUUCUCAAUGGGCGGCUAAGAGCAGUGCAGGAGGAUGAGAAGGGCGGCAUGAGGGUUGUUGGGGAGUUUGGCCAAGGAGAGAGUGUGGGUGAACUAGAGGUUAUGACCGAGACAACCCGCCCUGCUACACUUCACGCUAUCCGAGAUACCGAAGUUGCCAGGUUCCCAAAGUCGCUGUUCAAUAGCCUCGCCCUGGAACACCCCGGAAUCACCAUCCAGAUAUCGAAGAUAAUUGCCUCCAGGAUGCGGGCCUUGAUAGAUGACCCCCUCUCGGAACAGCGCAGAGGGGCAGACCGAAGUAGAAAUGCGCCAGUCAAGAAAAUAUCAUCAACCAUGAACCUCCGCACUGUCUGUGUUCUGCCGGUUACUUCUGGCGUUCCUGUAUCCGAAUUCGCACACAGACUUUCCAGCGCUCUGCAACAGAUCAGCACACCCAACGGGGUCACUGUUCUCAACCAAGCUGCGAUAUUAAACCAUCUUGGAAGGCAUGCAUUUAGUAGAAUGGGCAAAUUGAAACUCCAAGGCUAUCUCGGGGAUUUAGAGGAGAAGUACGGAAUGGUUAUCUACGUUGCUGAUACGAGUGUCAAUGCUCCGUGGACACAGACUUGUAUCAGCCAGGCAGAUUCUAUCUUACUCGUUGGUCUGGCUGAAGGAAGUCCUGCAAUUGGGGAAUACGAAAGAUUCCUGGUUGGGAUGAAAACCACGGCGAGGAAAGAGUUGGUGCUACUGCAUUUGGAACGGUACUGCCCGUCGGGAUUGACCAGGCAGUGGCUUAAGAACAGGAUGUGGGUAAAUGGUGGACAUCACCACAUACAAAUGUCCUUCCGAACAACGCCGGAGCCCGUCCAUACGCAAGCGAGAAGGUUCGGCUCAGCCCUCAAGCAACGGGUACAGAUCCUGCAAGCCGAGAUCACAAAAUACACCUCAAAGCGGCUGAGAAACGCACCGAUAUACUCAGCAGGAACUCCGGUCAAGAGUGAUUUCCAUCGUCUUGCAAGGAGACUCUGCGGAAAGUCCAUAGGUUUAGUACUCGGGGGUGGUGGGGCAAGGGGUAUUUCUCAAGUGGGUGUGAUCCGAGCACUAGAGGAAGCCGGAAUACCGAUUGAUAUUGUUGGUGGAACUUCCAUCGGUGCAUUCGUCGGAGCGCUCUACUCCCGAGAUGCAGAUAUUGUUCCCGUCCUUGGCCGGGCUAAGAAAUUCGCCGGGCGUAUGGCGUCCUUGUGGCGUUUCGUUCUGGAUCUAACCUACCCAUCUGUCUCCUACACCACUGGGCAUGAAUUCAACCGGGGAAUUUUCAAGACCUUUGGAAACUCUCAGAUCGAGGACUUUUGGUUGGAGUUCUACUGUAACACAACUAGCAUAAGCAAGUCCCGUAUGGAAAUCCAUACAAGUGGCUAUGCCUGGCGAUACAUUCGUGCGAGCAUGAGUCUUGCUGGGUUACUACCUCCGCUCUGCGAUGAGGGCGAGAUGCUGCUAGACGGAGGAUACGUCGACAAUCUCACCGUGGCACACAUGAAGAGCUUGGGAGCAGACGUAAUCUUUGCGGUGGACGUCGGGAGUAUCGACGAUAAUAUCCCGCAGGAAUUUGGCGAUUCACUAUCCGGUUUUUGGGCCUUUUUGAACAGGUUUGUCUUACACACACGUUGUCUUGCAGGGUGGGAAUUAAGUUGCAAUAUCUAGGUGGAACCCCUUCAGUCCGCACCCCAACCCUCCCACGCUUGCCGAGAUUCAGGCAAGACUAGCGUAUGUCUCGAGUGUGGAUGCGUUGGAGCGAGCAAAGCUGAUACCCGGCUGCAUCUACAUGCGCCCUCCGAUCGACCCUUACGGCACUCUAGACUUUGCGAAAUUCAACGAGAUAUAUAACGUUGGGUACGAGUACGGGAAGAGGUUCCUCGAAGAGAUGAAAGGCAAGGGUGUGCUUCCACCCUUAGCUCGGGGAGUGGCCGAUGGGAAAAGAGGGUUUAGGAGGACCAUGGCCCCGAGAAGGGCGAGUAUCUAAUCACGAUUAGGAUUGUAAAGCAUAUUCUAUGCUAUUCUUCGUGUAUUAUGUAGGGCUCCUGGCAAAUUUUAGCCAUUUGAUUCGA